AUGACAGACAAUAGGACAUACUCCAAGCAAGCAUCGUACCAGGACAAGAGAAAUGUCCUAAACCGUGCUCAUUUAAUUGAGCCCAUUGUACGGCACCGAAUCCAGGACUCACUCUUCUACAAACAACAUCUACACCUAACCAACGAAGCUAGCAUUCUCCCAGUGAUAAUAGACCAAGUACACUAUCUAGCUGGGAUGGAUUCCAGCGGAAGGCCCAGCCCUUUCAUCUGCUGUUUGCUCCGCUUGCUUGAGUUGGAGCCGUCCAUGGAAAUUGUACAGACCUGUCUCGACCAAUUGGGUUACAACGAGUUCAAGUACCUCACAGCAUUGAUGCUCAUCUAUAUUCGACUAGUAGGCAGUAGUGAUUUGGUAUAUACCACUUUUGACAAGUAUUUGUCUGAUUUCCGUAAGUUGAGAACGAAAUUGAAGUCCCCCAUAUUCAACGAAAAGGGUUUACCUAUCAACUACAGACUCACCUAUUUCGAUGAGUGGAUCGAUAACAUGCUUUUGCAAGAGAGAGUAAUGGACAUUAUCUUGCCCAGGUUGACUCCACGAAGAAACUUGGUGGAAAAGGGAUUGUUAGAGCCCAGAACAUAUGCAGUUAGAGACGAGAUAGAGGAAGAAGAAGUCGAUCAAAGUAAAAAUCUGGACGAUGAAUACGAAAGUGACAGCGACUAG